AUGGAAAGAGAGAAGAGAAAAGAUGCAAAUAUUCACGCCGGGCUUAUCUACGAUGCCGAGGAUGCCUUCAAACAGAUUGGAUGGUCACACCAUAUCAUUGACCAGAAAAUUGAUUUUGAAGAAGAACAAGACGGUGUGUUUCAUGUUGGAUGCUCCACAAGUAUCAAGAUAGGCCUAAAAGACGGACGACAGCACUCUGACUUUGGAUAUUAUGAGAGUAGUGAGGAGACUAAAGGGGAAGCUUUCUUCAGAGCAAGACUGAGCAAAGAGACAGAAAAAAGACGGCCCUUGAAGAAGAAGAAGCAGUAUUCGAAAGAGAAACAGGAGGAAUUCAGAGAAAAAGAAAAAGUGAUCAAGAACUGA